AUGGGAGAUCGCACUCAAUUUGUACCCUCCCAUGUGGGAGAUAAUGUACUUCCCAAUCUGCCUUUUUUCCACAAGCUUCUUCGCUAUGCUCAGCGUAGGCCCUCGUGUAUUUCUAUUCGAGACGUGAAUGCCGGUUUGGAAAAAACAUUCCACCAUGUUCUUUCAGAUGCCUUGGCUCUCCGCAAAGAACUAGAGAAUAAUCUGAGUUCCGAGACUCUACGCGAUCUCCAGGAGGAUAAAGAGGUCUAUAUUGGACUACUUUCCCCGGGUGGCUAUGAGUAUACCGUUGGUUUUGUUGCUAUUCUGGCCCUUGGUGCUGCGGUGGUUCCAAUGGCUGCCGGAUUGCCCGUGGAUGAAGUCUCAUAUUUUCUAAUGAAAGCAAAGUGCGUGGCUCUAUUGGCUGACACAACUAGCGAGACUCUCGCAAAGUCAGUUGUACGUUCUAUGGACACCAAGAGCAAUUUCCCUGUACCCUGCGUUUCGCCCAUCGCUUCCACCAUCCAAACAACUCUUUUUCCAGUGGAUGAUAUCCUCAUUUCGUCAAACCGUGCCCUUAAUAUGAACAACGCUGCCGCAGUCAUCUUCACCUCGGGGACAACCGGUCCCCCUAAAGGCGCCGUCCAGCGCCGCACUUGGUUGACCGGUAACGCCGAAACCGACGCAGCCUUUUACGGCGUCACGGAAGAAGAUGUCAUACUUCAUGUCCUGCCAGUCCAUCAUGCCUCCGGGCUGGGAUUGACAUUUCUACCUUUCUUGACAGCCGGUGCGUGUAUUGAGUUCCGAAGCGGUAGCUUCGAUACGGCUUGGACGUGGGAACGCUGGCGUCAGGGUGGGUUGAGCUUCUUCUCGGGUGUGCCAACCAUAUACAUGCGAAUGAUGCGAUACUUCGAAGAGAAUAUUGCCACUCAGGCACCUGAAGUGCGAGAUCAGUAUAUCCAAGGGGCGCGUGAUAUUCGUACGAUGCUUUGUGGCUCAUCGGCAUUGCCUGGGCCUGUGCAGGAGUUCUGGGAGCAGCUCCGAGAAAAGCCAAUGAUGACCCGCUAUGGUGCUACUGAGUUUGGGGCAGUUAUCAAGACUGAUCUUGACCCUCGGGGGAUGCCGAGGAAUAGCGUUGGCCGCAUUGUUGGGGGUGUCUCGCUUAAGCUUGAAAAUGAUGGUCAUCUGCUGGUGAAAUGUCCUUACAUGUUCUCAAAGUAUCUGAAUGAUGAAAAGGCAACAAGUGAAGCGCAUGAUAAAGAUGGGUACUUCAAAUCGGGCGAUAUCGCUCGGCAAGAAGGGAAUUAUUUCUUCAUCCUCGGUCGUGCCUCCAUUGACAUAAUCAAGUCGGGAGGGUACAAGAUUUCCGCCUUGGACAUUGAGCGUGAGAUUCUUGGCUUGGAUUAUGUAUCUGAAGUGAUGGUAGUGGGCGUGGAGGAUGAAGAAUAUGGCCAGCGAGUUGCGGCCAGUAUUAGCCUCAAGACGGACCAGAGCACGACACGCAAAACACUCACCCUGGAAGAGCUAAGGGAUGAUCUUCGAGGUAGAUUGGCGAGCUAUAAGAUACCAACCAUAUUGAGAGUGAUAAAAGGUGAGCUACCCAAGUCAGGAACAGGAAAAGUCCAGAAGAAAAUCUUAGGGCCGCAACUGUUUCCCUCGAACUAUGGAGAUCUUCCGGAAAUUUCAGUGUGGAGCAAGAGGGCCAAGCUAUAG